AACUAAGUACUGUGCCACUCGGCUGCGGUAGGUUCUGAGCCAGUCGCAACGUCAUUCCAUUUUCAUGGCAACGCGAGUGAGCAUCGAUCACCACGAAUCUAACAUCUGGUGGUGCCUACGUAGAGUACGAACCUGUCAACUUGAUUGAAUCACUCCCAAGUACGGUUUAGAGGCACCAGAUCGUUGAACGCACACGCCCUCAGUGCUACUCAUUCGCUGUACCUUGCAUACAAUGAAUGACAGGUACUGCCCAUUUGCCACCACAGAUGCAUAACGUCUGAACCCCAUAUCCAAGAAAGGGUGCGUUCAAGAUGAGUACUGUCAGCGGCCGGAUCUCUGUGUCGACCAGGGGAACUAGAAACAGCCAGCUAUCAGAACAAGACAACCCACCAGUGAGUGGUGUGCCGCGAAGCAUUAGCCGUCAAAACUCGGCAGACGCAGAUGCAGAGGAUGUUGGCGAAGAUGAUCUGUGCCCCGUGUGCCGCCUACUCCUCUACAAGCCGGUGACCACCACAUGCAACCACACUCUAUGCAAUUACUGUAUGGCACAGUGGGCGUCUGUGUCGCUUGCAGCACCUAUGACCAUCGUAGACGUGGAUGAGCAGCCGGCGGAAUUCGAUGCCGUUUCAGAGCUCCAGGCGCGAUGUCCCAUGUGUCGUACCAUGACCACCGCGGCGCCGAAUCCCGUCCUUGCCCAGACGCUGAAGGAAAAAUAUCCGAUAACAUCGCACGAGCGGGCUGCAGAAGCCCAAGCAGAAGGGGACGGACUGGGCGGUGACUCAAUUCAAACAGUGACGGUGUAUAUUGGCAACAGGCACGACUGGAUCGCCCCCAAACCAGAUUCGCCACGUAAUCAGCACGAAUGGACGUUUUUCGUGCGGCCGAGCCGAACAGAUAUCAUCGAGGAGGUGCACAUAUUUUUGCACCCAACGUUUCGGCAGAAUCACGUCGUCAAGCAACGGCCGCCGUACCAGAUUUCACGACUGGGAUGGGGUGUUUUUACAAUCACAGCCUCGGUCGUACUGAAAGCGGGGUACUCGUGGGUUUCGGACGAUGCGCAAGACUCGCCUGACGGCGCGGCCAAGGGCGUCCUCCCGCUGGAAUGGAUGUUGGACUUUGACGGCUUUGAUGGGAAAGGUAGCAUGGGGAGAUGUCGGUUGAAAGUCAAGAAUGACCGUGGUUGGGAGGGCAUCAGCGAUGAAGAAGAGAGGGACCAGAGAGAAUGGGGCAGGAUGGUGAGGCAAUAUGAGCGCGAUGGUAGAUAUGAGCCGUGAGGGUUGCUGGCAGACAGAGAGCGGGCAUUUUGGUAGAGUACGCAAUGCACAUGGCAGUCGACACCAUACCGGAUCGUCACAGCCAACUGUUUUCAACAUCCGGAACCUUCCAAAUGAUUGUUCUGUAACAUAGGGACUGACGCGUUUUUGGGAUGCUUUACGUGUAUUCAUACUUGAAAUAUAGGUUGGACUAAUAAGCCUUGGCGGUCAUGCCUCGGAGGGCAUGCUCUGCUAUCGUGACGCAGCGAUGUCAUGUUGCGGAUAUCGAAGUUUUGUGCAACUGUUUCUUUUAUUCAGAUGGGCAACUCAGCUGCUCCUCCACGAGAACAAUGGGGCAGUGGGCACCAAACAACCUUUGGUCGCACUUGUCACGAGCACCAUUCACUCUACGGAUGGAUGGUUACGUUAUUAUAGUAGG